AGUUUAAGGGAUGUUAAGUAGUGCCAAAAAAUAUGAUAACGAUGCAUUCCAACAUCAGGACCAUCCUCGACGUCACAAGGGAAGACCACUGUCGUCCAAUCAGAUGUGAGGAGGCAGCAAGUACUUCCGGUUCAGCUCUCCCGUGUCCAGCAGCUCAGCUGACUGACUGACAGCCACCAUGCGGUUCCGUUUCUGUGGGGAUUUGGACUGCCCAGACUGGGUACUUGCAGAAAUCAGCACAUUAGCGAAGAUUUCAAGUGUCAAAAUGAAACUACUCUGUGCUCAAGUGCUGAAGGAUUUGCUCGGAGAUGGCAUUGAUUAUGACAAGGUUACUAAGCUUACUGCAGAUGCAAAGUUUGAGAGUGGAGACAUCAAAGCUAGUGUGGCAGUGCUCAGCUUCAUUUUCUCCAGUGCAGCGAAGCAUGAUGUUGACAGUGAGUCUCUGUCCAGUGAGCUGCAGCAGCUCGGUCUGCCUAAAGAACACACAACGGGGCUCUGCAAAUCAUAUGAAGACAAGCACUCUGCACUGCAAGGCAAACUAAGAGAGACGAGUCUGAGAUUGGGCCGACUCGAGGCUGUUUCUUGGCGUGUUGACUACACUUUGAGCUCCAGUGAGCUGAGGGAGGUGAAUGAACCGAUGAUUCAGCUGAAACUGCAGGCGCAAGGAGCAGAGUCAGGUGAAUCAGAGACGACUCUUGUUUCUGUUUCCGCCAACAAGUUCAGAGUCUUGCUUGCAGAGCUCAAACAAGCCCAGACUAUGAUGAAUGCACUGCAAUGAAGAGUGGACCUCAAUGUCUGAUCAAGAGACGGACAUAAAUGAUGCUGAAAAAAGUGCCAUACUUACACCUUGUACAGUACAAUUUUAUAUGCAUUUAGUCAUCUCAAAGAUCAUGUGAAUGGCUCAUUCCUUAUAUUUAUAUUAACUGAUAUUUUGUUUUCUACCACAUUAGUAAUAAGUGGUUUCAGACUGAACAAGAACACCGAAUGGACCAUUUUUGUAAAAUAUUGUAUAUUGAUUCACACAUGUUGAUUUGAAUGAUGUUAAUAAUUUCUGUUUUACCUUCGUAUGCUCAUAAAUAACAAAAUAAAAGCGUGAAACACAGA